CUGUAAUGUCGAUUUCGAACUGAGUUUACGUGUUUUGCCGCAUAAUGUGUGAAUCCAAAAUAACUGACUACAUGCUACUCGAACGACUCGGCAAAGGGUCCUAUGCUGUUGUGCACCGAGCGAUGAAAAAAGACACGCAAGAGAUAUGUGCCGUAAAGUUGAUAACGAAUGGUACCCUAUCGCACUCUGCAUCGGAUAAUAUUGUCAGCGAAAUCAGCCUCCUGAAGAAGCUAAAACACCAACACAUCGUCGAAAUGCGAGACUUUCUAUGGGAUGAGAAGAAUAUUUACAUCGUGAUGGAAUACUGCAACGCCGGCAACCUAUCGACCUACAUUAAGCAGCACAAAACCCUCAACGAGGGGACAUGUCGGAUGUUCUUGCAGCAACUGGCGCUUGCUUUACGUUACAUGCGCGCCAACGACGUAAGCCAUCUGGACCUGAAGCCAGCCAACUUACUGUUGAACAAAACGGCCGGCACCUUCACGCUGAAGGUGGGCGAUUUCGGUUUCGCUCAGCGGUUGAAACUGAACCAAGAAAACACUACCAUCAAGGGCACGCUGCUCUACAUGGCGCCGGAAAUACUGCUUACCAAAUCGUAUGGCCCGUCCGCCGAUCUGUGGAGCGUAGGCGUCAUUUUAUACGAGUGUCUGUUUGGCAGGGCACCGUACAGCUCGGCCAGCGUUCCCGAGUUUGCGGAUCGCAUCCGCCGGAACGAUCCAAUCGUCAUUCCAGCACAGCCGAUUAUUUCGGGCGAUUGCAAAACCUUGCUCAAAAACCUGCUCCAGCGCAAUCCAGCCGAGCGCAUUACGUUCGAACAGUUUUUCGAACAUCCAUUCCUCGAUCUCCGCCACGUGCCGUCUAAGGAAAACAUGGAAAAAGCGAUCAAACUGAUCAACGACGCGAUACGACUGGAACAGGAGCAGGAUCUGCCGGCGGCGUAUCGCGCCUAUUGCCAGGGGCUGCAGUACUUUGUACCGAUUACCCGGGCCGAAGCAGAUGCGGCCAAGAAACUCAUCCUCCGGCAACGCGUACAGACGUACCUGAACCGGGCCGAAGCGCUCAAACAACGCAUCUAUGCAACAAGCGAGGGCGGCUGUAACUCGGGUGGUAAUCCGCCACCCUCCGCAGCACAACUGCCGGGUCCGAACGAAGAAGCUGCAAGUGCAUCCACGGCUGCACUAAAUAAACCCACCACAACAACCUCCGCGCUAACCAAAGACCUCGAGAAAAUCGCGCAAGGUAUGAAAAUUGCACGCCAAGCCGAUACCGACGCUCAGCAAAACAAGCUAGACGAUGCGCUCAGUGGCUACACGACGGCGUUGGGAAUGCUCAUACCAAUGCUUCACAAAGAGAUUCCGCCGGCGCAGAAGAAAAAUCUACAUCAGCGUAUAGUUCACUGGAUGGAGGAAGCUGAGUAUAUCAAAUCGAUCCGCUCGGCACAGAUCAUGGAGGAGGUGGAAAGCAGUGGAAGCUAUGGUUGCAUUUUACAAUAGAUGGUGGAGGGUUCGUGACGGUUUUUGUAUUUCAUAGCAUACCAGGAAGGAAGACGGGUACGGCUCUCUAUGUGGACACCCAAUGAGUAUUCAUCGGCAAUCAGAAGUGGGAUUGCAAGCCUUACCAUAUGUGAUGCAACAUACUUUUUCGCUAGCGUUUGGCGUCAUUUGAAUUGCACACUGUGACAAGAUUUUCUUAUUAUUAAAACGUGUGAUCUAUGAAUUAAUUGAUAUAUGCUGGUUUGUGAACUGAUAAAACAUGCUGACGCUUACGUUUUCAUGGUGUAAUUCACAUUUUUGCUGGCUUGGCGUGAUUUGUAUUACACAACAUUUUCCUAUUAUUGAAACGUGUGAUUUAUGAACUAAUUGUUAUUUUCCACUAUGUGAAUUAAUAAAACGUAACAGCGUUACAAUAAAUCCAUG